CUGGAUUGAGUUUCGGUUAAAGGUUUGGUCACACGUGAAAACUACAAAAACCGAGACUUCUUAUACGGCUCUACUACAUUUGCUUGUCGGCAAUUAUUUCGUGGAUUUGCAUUUCCCAAUUCUAGAAAAUAAUUGAAUAUCUUAACAAUAAAAUAUAAAACUCUUUUUAAUUUUAGUUUCAAAGAAAAUAAAAAAAAAUCAAAGCGCCGCAGUCGACGUCCCACUGACCUACCUACCAACCCACCCAAAAAGGGCAAGAAAACUAGCAGACUGGUUAAAAGUAAAACCCUAAAAUCUCAACGAAAGGGACGACCAAUUGUUCGACGAUUGGUCAUGGGGAAAACCGGAAUCCAAUUGUUCGACGAUUCGAGGAAUGGGUUUUUCUCCGUUUCCGAUUUAGGAUUCGAUUCGAGCCUAAACAGCUCUAAUUACCACCCAAUUGGUGGGUUAUUCGCCAGCGUUAAUCAGACUAAUCCAUUCGCAUCCCUCUCGUCCUCGGAUCUUUCCAACAGAGGCAACAACAGCUUCUCUACCCAGCUCAAUGAUCUCUACACCAAGUAUAUGCCGGGAAAAGAGGAGGAGGAAGAAGUAGUUAAUGGCGAGAAGAGGAAGAGGAAGAAGAAAGGUGGGCUCACACUGAAGAUUAAGAUCGCUAAUCCUUCGUUGCGGCGGCUAUUAAGCGGAGCAGUAGCUGGAGCGGUGUCGAGAACGGUGGUUGCGCCGUUGGAGACAAUCAGGACGCAUCUAAUGGUGGGAAGUGGAGGAAACUCCAGCACUGAAGUGUUCAGUGAUAUCAUGAAGCAUGAAGGUUGGACUGGUCUCUUCAGGGGCAAUUUGGUCAAUGUCAUUCGUGUUGCACCUGCUCGAGCCGUCGAGCUUUUUGUAUUCGAGACCGUAAACAAGAAAUUGUCGCCGCCACAUGGACAAGAAUCGAAAAUCCCAAUUCCAGCUUCUUUACUGGCUGGUGCCUGUGCUGGAGUUAGCCAGACACUCUUGACAUACCCUCUUGAACUAGUCAAGACUCGCCUUACAAUUCAGAGAGGUGUUUACAAAGGGAUUUUUGAUGCGUUUCUCAAAAUCAUACGCGAGGAAGGACCCACAGAACUCUACAGGGGUCUUGCUCCUAGCCUUAUUGGAGUUGUUCCAUACGCAGCUACAAAUUACUUUGCAUAUGAUUCUUUGAGAAAAGCAUACCGGAGUUUUUCAAAGCAGGAGAAGAUUGGAAACAUUGAGACUCUUUUGAUAGGUUCUUUAGCAGGUGCACUAUCGAGCACUGCAACUUUCCCUCUUGAAGUGGCCCGGAAGCAUAUGCAGGUGGGAGCUGUUAGCGGGAGGGUUGUGUACAAGAACAUGUUGCACGCUCUGGUGACCAUACUUGAGCAUGAAGGUAUUCUCGGUUGGUACAAAGGGCUUGGACCGAGUUGCUUGAAGUUGGUUCCUGCUGCUGGAAUCUCCUUCAUGUGUUAUGAAGCUUGCAAGAAGAUACUCAUCGAGAACAACCAAGAAGCUUGAUUUUGGAAUUGUAUGGAUUCGUGGCAAAUUUUAAGGAUUGAUCAGAGAAACACAUUGUGGAUACUAAUUGGGUUCAUUUUACACCACUUGAGAUUUCACAAAUUAGUAUUGAGGGGGGAUUAAAAGAUUCACUCUACCUUUUUGUUUGAACUUUACGUUUUCAAUUUUUGAUUGAUCUGAUUCUGAUUCAAAUAAGAGUUUACACAAUAUCUCUUCAAAUAUGUAACUUUACUGAUCAAGUCCCAUAAUGACAAAGAUUUCGUUAAAAGUUCAAAAAAA